UCCUUAUGCUGCUGCUGCCGCUGCCUCCUCCUCCGCUGCUUUCACGGUGUCAGCGCACAGCCAGCGCCUGCAGCCUCAGCCAGCGCCGGAUAGCAGGAGCCGUGUCAGCGCCGUGCUGACGAGCAACAUUCCGAGCGAUAGGGAAGGCUAGAAUUCUACUGUCAACAUUCUGAGCCAAGUCAGCCGCAGCAGUGCUGCCCCAUAUAUGGGCACUGGAGGCGGAUGCUGCUUCUCCUGGAUGGAGACAGGAGCCAGUGAAGGACCUGUUCAUCUUGAUAUGUCCUUUUAGCAAUCUUUCAAAAGAUUCCCCCCUCUCCCCACCACCCCCUUUCUCCUCAACAUGUAUCUCUCCAUGGAAUUUAGCUGGUAUUAAGCAGUCUCUGGGUAUCUGUGGAUUUUGCCAUCACAAUUUAUAUUAUUUUUAGCGGCUGAAAUAUUGUACAUUUUAUUUAUUUAUUUUUUUCUUCCUUUCUUUUGGAUCUCUCCCUUUUUUCUUUUUUUGGCUGUGUUUGUUUGCUAAAAAUCGGAUUCUUGUUGGAGCUGCUGGCUACUGAGGCUCCCUUAACAACAAUGCUGGUAUUCAUUAAGAGAAGAUACUGCAAAAUGCAUCAAUUCAGCUUUGCCUAAGCUUUUUAUUAGGGGGGGCAAACUCGAGUAUUUAUGAUCCCCCUGAUUUGGACAUAUACAAGGAUAUAGACCUGCGGCUAACUGGAGUUGAUUUAUAAGAGGGAAAUCUGAUGUAAAUGGAAGCCCUUCUCAUUUCGCUACUAUGGAAAUCAGAGUUGUCAAUAGAAUGUCGUCUGAUAAAUAGUGCUGAGUGAAGAUGCUGCUUCAGUGAGUGCGAAAUCAAUGGAAGAUACUUACUGUGUGAAAAGCCUUUUGAGAUUUUUCUGGCAGGAACACAUUUAACAAACCUGAUACAUUUCCUUCGAUUGCCCUGUUUUACACAAGUGGAUACAAAUACGAUUUCAUACCAGUGCAACUAAUGUGGGACUAUGGCAUUUUCAAGGUCCAUGCCUGUAAACUGUUUAUGGAGAGUCACAAAGUUGAGUUUUCUACCUAUGGGAUUGGAUGUCAAGUUUUCACUAUUUCUUUUUGGAUUUAUGUUCUAUAUAGCAACAGUGUGCUCUCAAAAAUUGGAUGACGUUGACCCAGUCGUCUCAACAACUUAUGGCAAAGUCAGAGGGGUUAAGAAGGAACUCAACAAUGAAAUAUUAGGCCCUGUUAUCCAAUUUCUUGGUGUUCCAUACGCAGCUCCACCCAUAGGGGAGCGUCGAUUUCAGCCUCCGGAGCCACCGAUAACAUGGGGGGAUAUCAAAAAUGCCACUCAGUUUGCUCCUGUUUGUCCGCAAAAUAUUGUGGGGGGCAGAUUGCCUGAAGUCAUGCUUCCAGUUUGGUUUACUAAUAACCUGGAUGUAGUUUCUUCAUACGUACAAGACCAGAAUGAAGACUGCCUAUAUUUAAAUAUUUAUGUUCCUACAGAGGAUGUAAAAAGAAUAUCCAAGGAUUGUGUCCGGAAACCCGGAAAGAAAAUAUGUAGAAAAGGAGGUCCCCUUACAAAGAAACAGACAGAUGAUUUAGGUGAUAAUGAAGGUGCAGAAGACGAAGAUAUCCGAGACAGUGGAGGUCCUAAGCCAGUGAUGGUGUAUAUACAUGGAGGCUCCUAUAUGGAAGGCACUGGUAACUUGUUUGAUGGGAGUGUUCUGGCCAGUUAUGGAAAUGUAAUAGUAAUUACCGUUAACUACCGCCUUGGUGUGCUUGGUUUUCUCAGUACUGGAGACCAAGCUGCGAAGGGGAAUUAUGGUCUACUUGACCUUAUUCAAGCCUUACGAUGGACUAGUGAAAAUAUUGGUUUCUUUGGAGGUGAUCCAUUAAGAAUAACAGUUUUUGGUUCUGGUGCUGGUGCAUCUUGUGUAAACCUCUUGACUUUAUCCCAUUACUCAGAAGGUAACCGUUGGAGCAAUUCAACCAAAGGACUUUUUCAAAGAGCAAUUGCACAAAGUGGAACUGCCUUGUCAAGUUGGGCAGUUAGCUUUCAGCCUGCCAAAUAUGCCAGGAUCUUAGCAACAAAAGUUGGAUGCAACAUGACGGAUACGGUAGAACUUGUGGAAUGUCUACAAAAAAGGCCUUACAGAGAACUUGUGGAUCAAGAUAUACAGCCAGCUAGGUACCACAUUGCUUUUGGGCCUGUAAUUGAUGGUGAUGUUAUACCUGAUGAUCCUCAAAUAUUGAUGGAACAAGGAGAAUUCUUAAACUAUGAUAUAAUGCUUGGAGUCAAUCAGGGAGAAGGACUUAAAUUUGUGGAAAGCAUUGUGGAUCAUGAGGAUGGCAUAUCUGCUAGCGAUUUCGAUUUUGCCGUUUCAAAUUUUGUGGAUAAUUUGUAUGGAUAUACAGAUGGAAAAGAUAUAAUGAGGGAAACAAUUAAAUUUAUGUACACUGAUUGGGCAGAUCGCCAUAACCCUGAAACAAGGAGAAAAACUCUAUUGGCAUUGUUCACCGAUCACCAAUGGGUAGCACCAGCAGUAGCAACGGCUGAUUUGCAUUCAAACUUUGGUUCUCCAACAUAUUUCUAUGCCUUUUAUCAUCAUUGCCAAACAGAUCAAGUGCCUGCUUGGGCAGAUGCUUCACAUGGGGAUGAAGUUCCCUAUGUCUUUGGGAUCCCAAUGAUUGGUCCUACUGAGUUAUUUCCUUGCAACUUCUCCAAAAAUGAUGUUAUGCUAAGUGCCGUUGUGAUGACCUAUUGGACGAAUUUUGCUAAAACGGGAGAUCCUAAUCAACCGGUUCCACAGGAUACAAAAUUCAUCCAUACAAAGCCUAAUCGGUUUGAAGAAGUUGCAUGGACUAGAUAUUCUCAAAAGGACCAGCUGUACCUGCAUAUUGGCUUAAAACCCAGAGUAAAAGAGCACUAUAGGGCUAAUAAAGUGAACCUCUGGUUGGAGCUUGUGCCACAUCUCCAUGUUAUCAAUGACCUCACUACAACAAAAGGGCCAUCUACAGAUAUCACAUCUAGACCAACCAGGAAAGUUCUUGUACCUGUGACAUCAGCUUUUCCUACCAUUAAUGAAGAGAAUUUUAAGCAACAGCCAAGCCCAUUCUCGUUGGAAAGGGAUUAUUCUACAGAGCUCAGUGUUACAAUCGCAGUUGGGGCAUCACUGCUCUUUCUCAACAUCUUGGCUUUUGCUGCAUUAUACUACAAAAAAGAUAAAAGGAGACAUGAUGUGCACAGGAGAUGUAGUCCCCAACGUAACACUACAAAUGACAUUGCCCAUGCACAAGAAGAGGAAAUAAUGUCUCUACAAAUGAAGCACACUGACUUGGAUCAUGAAUGUGAAUCUAUCCAUCCACAUGAGGUUGUCCUCAGAAAUGCCUGUCCUCCUGACUAUACUCUUGCAAUGAGAAGGUCUCCAGAUGACAUUCCUUUAAUGACCCCCAAUACUAUAACAAUGAUUCCUAACACUAUACCAGGGAUUCAGCCCAUCCACGCCUUCAAUACUUUUACUGCAGGACAAAAUAACACACUACCACAUCCACAUCCACACCCACAUCCGCAUUCACAUUCUACAACCAGAGUAUAGCCAAACUAGAUGAAUCACAGACUUUAUUUUUUGAUGUAUUACAGUAGGUGACGUUAACGGGAAUAUCUUGGCUUUCCAAACUGCAGGACUCUUGCUAUUUACAUGUGAAGGAGUACAAUGUGCAUAACACAUAUACAUAUCAAAAACAUUUGGAAUUUUGGAAAAAAAUGAUUGUAAAUAUUAAAGUGGACAGAAAAAAACAGCAAUUGAAACAAUUGUAAACAUUUUUUUUUCUUUUCCAUUCAUGUUCAGCUGUUAAUUUUUGAAGAUUUAUUUUACACAUUGGCAUCAGGCAUGUGCUACACAAAAAGAGAGGACAAAGAUUAAAAAAAAAUGUAUUUAUAUGCACAAGGGACUCACUCAUGGAAUGUCUGAUAAUUUUCAACCAUUUUUAUUUGGAAGUGUUUUAUUGUGUAGAUCAUGUAUAUUUACACAAAGCACCAAUGCUGUUAAGGCCUUAACAGGCUCCCAUUCUGUAAACUGCCAUCAGAACAAAGAGGUUUAAGUCCUGGCAGGUAUAACAUUAUCACUUAAGUGCUGUCACUAUAAAUUGUGGGGGGAAGAAAAAAGGAAACUGGAUAUUUUUAGCACGAAGUGCAUGAUAAAUGGUAUGCUUGGGUGGCUGUGCUGCUGAUUAAGCCACAAUUAUUAUUUUUUUCCUCAUUCCAUUAGCGUUUCUUUUAAACUUUAUUUUAUUAAACAUUAAUGUAUUAAUUGGCAAACCUUAUAAUGAUUUUCAUAGGGGGAUGUUUAAAAAAAAAAAGCAAGUGCAGUCCAAAAAAUUUCUAUAUUAUCAGUAUGUUACUGAGCUCUAAAAUAAAGAAACAUAUAGAAAAAUUUAGCUGUAGCUAAACAUAUUUUUUUUUUACUGGUGCAAAUCCCAAAGAAUUGUGGGUUGAAAUGUAUAUUUAGCUUACGAUUGUUAUUAGUCUAAUUAUUUCAUUUUAAAAAUAUUAAUUAACUGAAUGUUGAUUCCAGGUAUUUUGCUACAGUCAAAAUAAGAAAUACCAAUAUGUUAUGACUUGUCCAAAGGAAAAUUGCAACUAAUUGCUGACCAACUGGCCAAACCGAUCAAUUUUACCAGUUAGGUUAACAAAUGUUUUUCAAUAUUGCAUGUCCAAGAGUGUUAAGACAGUUAUAACUCACGUAAUGUGUUUUAUGUUUUCGGUCACUGUAAAUUUGUUUAGUACUGAUGUUACCUCACAACAAUUUAUUAUUAAGACAUACACAUAUGUAGAUAUGAUGGAUUUACAAUUAUGAAAGAUGAAAAUGGCUUAAAAAAAUUGAAAAACCCAAGUAUUUAAUAUAUCUGCAAUUUGUUUUGUUUUUUUACAAAUAUUAUACAGUCACACAAAACUCAUUCCCCGAUCGUUUAUUAUCAGCAAGGGUAUUUAUCACUGUCUUUAAAAGGUGUUUGUAUAUGUAUCAGAUGUACAUUUAUAUAGAAAGAAAUAGAGGUGGACUAAUGAGCACAUCACUAAGAAAUACGUUCUCUCUUAUCUGUAUAUUUCUAUUAGACAACUGUUUGUGCUUUUUUUUUCCCUUUCCUUUUUUCUUCUUUUUUUUUUUACUUUUUUUUCAGAAGACUAGUAAUUUUGAUAGUUUGUAAGAUAAUGCAUAUAUGUUUCUCUGAUAAACUAAUGGCAGUAACAGAAACCUUUCUUUUCAGUUACUAUUUUACAAGAAUGGAAGCUUAUUACACACAGAAAUUGUAUAUUACUUAAUGGAAAUUACUUUGUACUUUUUGGCUAGAGUACUGGUCACCGAGUGAAAUAAAGAUAAUCUCGAAAAACAAUACUAUUCCAAUUCUGAAAAGACAUGAUUUUGCUCAUUAAAGAGCCAAUGUGUUGAUUA